AUGCCUCCACCAUUACCUUCCUCUCUGAGUCCUCACGUAUGCAUACUAUCUUCGCCAGACAUUCAGGAUCUGCUGACUGCCUCGUCACUACCUCAACUGUCAGAAAUAUUGCAGUCGUUUUCACCGCUUCCUCAAGUCACAACACGUACAACUUCCCUCACAUCCGUCCCGCACAAGGCCUUUGCGUUAAGAUUCUCCGACUUGACUGAAAUUGAGGCUGCAUGCCGCGAAGAUGAAGAGGAGCGUGCAGUGAGGACACUAGAUUGGAUAGGCCUUAGGAUCAAUAGUCGUAGUGCGCAAUGGGUAGACGAUAUGGACAAGAUGACGGGCAAACAAUCAACAAGGGUUCCGUGGUGGGAAGAGCUCAAGCGAUGUGUCGAAGGAGAUCAUGUCCCCUCGAAGACCGAAACAUGGAAUCAUCCUAUUGCAAUUAUUUUUGCUGUGUCUACAAACACUAGCAAUCCACUGCAGAUCAUAUCCAAUCUACAUUCACGAGCUAUCGAAUUACCAUCCUGGGUUGAUUCCGCAUACCUCAGUUACACACUCAUAGUACAUCCCAAGGAUUCUACCUUGUCAGAUGAAGAAGCCGGCGCUCUGUUCAAUGCUGUUAAGAAACAGUAUGGUUUGCAUAGCUACCUACUUUCCUUGGACAUGCCCAACCCUCCCCCUGCACCUGUUCCGGUACCCACUGCAAAACCACGUCUUCCUUUAGCAGAUAGAGACUCUCCGGAGCUAUCAACGAAACCUGUGGACUCUUCUACCCGCAAUGGUGCAUCAAGUGGUAUCAACACCAUACGGAUGAAUGAAAAGGACAUUCAGCAGACGGCGAAAUUCACUCGCGAAUUUUUAGUCAUGAGCUUGAUACCUUGGAUGGAGAAGUGUGUCACAGACUGGAAUGAAAACUUCGUGUCAAAUAGACGACUCCCUUCACGGCUGUUUUCUUCAACUCGUCGUCUUUUUGGUACUCCUUCGCCAUCGCCCACUCCUCCUCCCUCCCAUCGCUCCUCUGCUUCUCGGUCUUCCACAUAUAAUGGUACUUCUGUGUCAACUCAAGCGGCAGUUGGCUCGCCUUCCCAGCAACGUCGUUUGGCCGAGUUUGCCACCAUCUUAGGCGACUUCAAGCUGGCAGUGACUGUCUGGGAGACACUAUCCAAGGAAGGGAAAGGAGGCUCAGACAUCCUACCGUUAUUGCUAUCACCGUCACCUGCGAUACCUCUACAUGUUGCCAACACUUUUGCCACCAUGUUUACUCAGCCAACAGAGCCGUUUGCGAAAGUGCAGUUGCGGGCUUUGUUAUGUGCUAUACGGUGGGAGGUCGGUAUUGACCCAUCCGAUUUUGCAAGUGAACUGCUCGAAGGAGAACGCUGGCUGGUCUGGGCUGCGGGAAGCGCAGAAGAACCACCGUCAGCUUUGCUGUUGGCACAUGCUGCUUUCAUCAGCUCGAGGAGACAAGCACUUCGACGAGCGGCGCUAUGGUAUCUCAUGGCUGCAAACAGAUUAGAAAAAUGUGGUAUUAAACCAUUAACGAUGUAUUUCCUUCGCAGAGCUCAUGAUCUGUGCAUGAAUUGUCCGAAGAAAGAACUCUCACCCUCUUUCUGGGAUGCAGAAGGGGAAGAGGCUUCUAACUCACGAAAACAUACGGCAAUAAAGCCUGUAAUCGAGCAUUCUCUAGGACGCCUACUGUACAGCACCGGUCAUACUCAAGACGCAGUCAAGAUAUUUUUAAGUCUACUCGAAGCCUCCACAUUAUCCCCAGUCUCGCCUGCAGUUUCGGAUGACGAUGAUGUUCAAAGUGUUGAGGUCUAUCUAGAGGAUUUCAGAACAGCUUUUGAACACCUGCGCGCCAACACUCCGAAUCUUGAACAACUAAACGACUUUCACUUACCAUUCACUUUCUGCCUCGCUUCUCAAAGCUGUUUCAGGUUUACCAACGACAAUAUUAGAGGCGAAUCGUCAGAAUGGGAGAAGCGCGAAGAAGCAUGGAGCAGAUUCAAUAAAUCUCGCGGUGUAACCUCACGCUUUGCGACCAAUCAAAAAGCCUAUGUCAAUGAACCGUUUUGGGUCGACCUUGUGUUAAAAAAUCCCCUGGACGUAAACGUCACGUUGACAGAUGUGACGCUUGUGAUUCGGGAAUCUAACGUCAUUGAACCUUCUCCUUCAAAACUUUCUGCUGAGAUAGAGGUUAUCGAGGAUGUGAUUAUCGGUGCUAAAGAGACUCGAACUAUCUCCAUAUCUAUCAAAGCAAUCCGACCUGCGUCUUUAACAAUUACCCAUGUAACUUAUACGUUUCUAUCUCUUCUUCCUUCUACCGAAUCUCUGGCUGCGCGCGGCAAACGCCUGUACAGCACACCCACACACCUUCAAACACCCACCUAUGCUCCCGAUGUUUUGAUGCAAGUAGACGUUGCGGAACCAGGUUGUCGAUUACAGGCAAGCUUUGUAGAUGACAAAGAGUUGAACUUACAUCAAGGGGAAAUUACGCAUCUCAGGUUAUGUUUAUCCAGUAUUGGCGUUGAAUCGAUAGACGAGGUGUGGUUAGUUGUGGGUUCGGACAAUUUAUGGUUAGAUGAAGGAAAUGGGGAGGUUUCUGAUGAAAUGCCCGCGGUAGAGAGUAUACACUCGUCUAAUUCUUCAGAACCAUUUAAGCCAUUCAAUAUACCCCUGGGAUCUUCGUUUUCUCUUGCUCCGGCUGAAUCCUUAGAGGUCUCUCUGACGUUCCACGCCCUAGACUUCACUCAGAAGGAUAUUCAUCUUCUUUUGCUCUACCGGGAGACACCUCAAGCGCCUUUCAAACAAGUACGAAAAGUACAAACGUGUUCAGUGCACCCCUUGUUCAGGAUCACUUCCCUUGCGACUCCAUCUACAAACGUCGAGGCGAUGUACUUGCUACAUCUCGAGCUACAGAAUAUUUCUAAUUCCGUUGUACGGCUUACGCAAAUAUCAACUGUUAGUCCCAGUUGGAUUUGUGAUUCUUCAAUCUACGGAAAACCGGGUUCUAUAUUUCCCUUGCAGCUGUCUCGUUUUGUUCUUGGAAUCAAUCCAUGGGACAAGCCCUCCGGAUGUGGGGAGACUUUCGAAUUCAUUCUGAAGCAACUUGCUGGCGUGAUUCACGGAAGGGCCGUUGAUUUGUUGAAUCCGCCUCCUUUAGAUCUGUGCUGUAGUCAUUCUAUUCAGGGUUCACACUCACUUCCGUUGAAUCGCUUCGCGAUUCCAUCACUCAUUCACAGUGGAAAGCGACAUGCUGUAAUAGGAUCCCGCCCCGCUUCAUAUCCUCACAUACCAUCCCACACGCAUCCGCAUAUAUUCCCGCUCUUCAAUCCUGCUGCACUCGAUGUGCUUGUCUUUUGGGAGAUCCCCGCUGAAAAUCGCUCAGGAAACAUACUUAUUUCUGGCCUCAUCCUUGGAGCUACACAUUCUCCUCUUCGUGAUAUCAUAAGAUCUGCAGAAAAUUCAAAGAUUACGCGAAGCAUGUAUGCAGAGACUCAGCGAAAGAAGGAGGAAAUUCUCGAGGACAUUCGCAAUAGCGAAUGGAACAUGGAAAUGAACCCUCUACAUGUUAUCAUUCAUACGAAUGAUGUCAGUCACGACUUCGCAACAGGACCCUAUCGUUUGCGCGUGCACUUUACAGUCAGGAACUACUCCACUACUCUGCAAUCGCGGUUCACCUUAAAGCUGAAUGAUACCGUUGAGUCAAAAGCUUCGCCUUCUGAUGAGCAGGCGAUCAUCUAUAGUGGUCGCCUCACAUUUCGCGCAAAGCUAGAACCUUCACAUCAUACAGCUUUUGUCGCAACAGCGUGGAUAAAGAGACCAGGUACUUAUGUCGUUGGGGCUUGGUGUAUGGAAACUGAGGUAUUCGAGCUCUCAACCGAUACUGUCACCAACGUAGAACGUGUGCGCUAUCGAUAUAUUCAAAACCCGCUAGAUAAUAGCCAUCUCGUCCAUGUAUGCCAUGCACGGUCACAAUAG